AUGAGCAAGCCGGCAUUUUCAUUCGGCCUCAAGAAGGCCGGUUUUGCGAAACCAGCAGCAGCGCUUCGAAAACCAGCUCCGUUCGCUGGCGGAGGAGACGACGACGGCUCAGGUGACGACAGCACACCAGUGAACGUAGCCCAGGUCUCUGAGCUCGACAUAUUCAGCACCGAACCAUCCACAAACGACGGCGGCACGCUCGACAAUCGGAAAAAACCUCCCAAGAAACCAUCCGCCAACCAGCCACCGCCACCCCUAUCCCAAUCCAAACGAUCCGCCUCCCCCACCUCAACAACACCUAACCUCUUCACCGACCUCUCGAGCGCCCUCACCUCCCGCAAGCACGCCGCCUCGGCCGAAGCCGCCGAUCCCUCCAUCUACGACUACGACGCAGCCUACGAUUCGUUCAAAGCCGCCAAGGCGACCGCCUCCUCCAAAGAUUCCGCCGCCGCCACCGAGAAACGGCCGCGGUACUUUGACGCGCUGCUCAAUGCGGCCGAGAUCCGGGAGCGCGACAGGCAAAUUGCCGAGGAGCGUCGCCUGCAGCGGGAACGGGCGGCCGAGGGGGACGAGUUUGCGGAUAAAGAAAAGUUCGUGACCGAGGCGUACCGGCGGCAGCAGGAGGCGAAUCGCCGGCUGCAGGAGGAGGAGGCGAGAAAGGAGGAGGAGGAGAGGAAGAGGAAUCAGGGGAGAGGACUGGCGGAGUUUUAUAAGGGGAUGCUGGAGCGGGGGGAGAGGGAGCAUGCUUUGCUUGUCAAGGCCGCUGAGGAAGGGGUGCAGCCUCGAGGGGGGAAUGUGGGGUUGGAGGAGGAGGAUCGGGAGAAGAGUGCGGCGGAGCGUGCGAAGGAGAUCAAUGCCAUGGGGGGCAAUGUGUUGGUCAAUGACGAGGGUGAGGUGGUGGAUAAGAGGCAGUUGUUGAAAGGCGGGUUGAAUGUGGCGGCCAAGAAGAAGGCUGAGGUGCAGAUGGAGAAGGAGAGGCAGGAGAACGGGGCUGCAGCGGCAAGGACGGGGGCUGUGGGGCAUACCAAAGGGGUGUAUAAUGCGGGCGGGAAACAGGCGAUGCGUGAGCGCCAGACGAGGAUGCUGGCGGCACAAUUGGAGGAGACGCUUAAGCGGUCGCGGCAGGAGGAAGAGGAGGAGGCUGCGAAGGUGCAGCUUGCAAGCAAGAGCCGCAAGACCGAGGCCGAUAUCUCGAGUGCCAAGGAGAGGUAUCUUGCUAGAAAGAGGGCUGCAGAGGAGGCCAAGAAGAAUGGGUUGGAGGCUCCAUAG